GGGACGAUCGGAUCCUGCCCCGGACUGAGCCCGGUUUGGCCUUACCGUGCCCUGCUCCAUCUCCCAACCAUGCUGCGUUGCUUAGUCCAACGAGCCAGCCAUCUCCCCAACUUGGAGAAGGGGGACAAACAAAGCGACCCGGUGGCCAGCCUGACUUUCCGAGGUGUGAAGAAGAGGACUAAAGUCAUCAAGAACAAUGUGAACCCCGUAUGGAACGAGGGCUUCGAGUGGGACCUGAAAGGAGCUCCCCUGGACCCGGGCGCUGAGCUCACCGUCGUCGUGAAAGACCAUGAAACCGUGGGGAGAAACAGGUUUUUGGGAGAAGCCCGAGUGCCCCUGCGAGAUGUCCUGUCCUCCCCCAGCCUGGCGGCCUCCUACAACCUCCCCUUGCUGGACACCAAGAAGCAGAGCACCGGGGCUUUCCUCAUCCUGCAAGUGUCCUACAUCCCCCCACCGGGAGCUGCCCCCUUGUUUCCCCCUCCGGCCCCCCCUGAGCCAGCACCGGCUGCUGCUGAGCCCGACACGGUCACUGAGACGGCUGGAGAGGAGGAGACGGAGGAUCAGGCGGCAACGGGGGAUGAGACGGAGCCCUCCUCCUCCUCGGGGCCGCCGGGAUCCGAGCCCCCCUCGCUGCCCCACAAGCCCCCCAUGCACCACGUCCAGGGGUUGAAGAGGAGGAGGAGCUCUCCCAAAAAGCCUCUAUCCAACAAGCCGCAGGACUUCCAGAUCAGGGUGAGGGUCAUCGAGGGCCGACAGCUCCCCGGGGUCAACAUCAGACCCGUGGUGAAGGUGACGGCCGCCGGGCAGACCAAGAGGACGAGGAUACGCAAGGGCAACAGCCCCUUCUUUGACGAGACCUUCUUCUUCAACAUCUUCGAGUCACCGGCCGAGCUGUUCGACGCGCCCAUCUUUAUCACGGUUGUGGACUCUCGGUCUUUCCGGACAGACUCUGUGAUCGGGGAGUUUCGAAUGGACGUCGAGACCAUUUACUCCGAGCCAAAACACGCGUUCCUCAGAAAAUGGCUGUUGCUCUCUGACCCAGAGGACUUCUCCGCGGGGGCCAAGGGCUAUCUGAAAGUCAGCCUGUUCGUGCUGGGGCCUGGAGAUGAAGCUCCUCUGGAGAAGAAGGAGGUCUCAGAAGACAAGGAAGACAUCGAGGGCAACCUCCUGCGCCCCACUGGGGUCACCUUGAGAGGGGCUCACUUCUGCCUGAAAAUCUUCAAAGCCGAAGACUUGCCCCAGAUGGACGAUGCCGUCAUGGACAACGUCAGGCAGAUUUUUGGCUUCGAGAGCAACAAGAAGAACCUUGUUGAUCCCUUCGUGGAAGUCAGCUUUGCGGGCAAGACGCUCUACUCGAGGAUCCUGGAGAAGAACGCCAACCCGCAGUGGAACCAGAGCCUGACGCUGCCGGCGAUGUUCCCUUCCAUGUGUGAGAAGAUGAGGAUCCGGGUGACCGACUGGGACCGUCUGACGCACAAUGAUAUCAUCGGCACCACCUACCUCUGCAUGUCGAAGAUCUCGGCCCCCGGCGGGGAGCUGGAGGAUGAAUUUCCUGCUCUCGCGAAGCCUCUGAAAGCCUCAGACCUGGACGAUGGGCUCGGGUUCCUGCCGACCUUCGGUCCCUGCUAUAUCAACCUCUACGGCAGCCCCCGGGAGUUCACCGGCUUCCCCGACCCUUACGAGGCGCUCAAUUUAGGAAAGGGCGAGGGAGUCGCGUAUCGCGGCAGGAUGCUGGUGGAGCUGGAGACCAAACUGGUGGAGCACGUGGAACAGAAGGUGGAGGACAUUUCGGCGGAUGACAUCCUGCGGGUGGAGAAGUACCUGCGCCGUCGGAAGUACUCCCUCUUCGCUGCCUUCUACUCGGCCACCAUGCUCCAAGACGUGGACGACGCCAUCCAGUUUGAGGUCAGCAUCGGCAACUACGGCAACAAAUUCGACAACACCUGCCUGCCCUUGGCCUCCACCACGCAGUACAGCCGCGCCGUGUUUGAUGGCUGUCAGUAUUACUACCUGCCCUGGGGCAACGUGAAACCCGUGGUGGUGUUGUCAUCCUACUGGGAAGAUAUCAGCUAUCGGACUGAUGCCCAAAACCUCCUCCACCACGCAGCAGACAGGCUGGAAGCAAACCUGGAGAAGGUCCACCUUGCUCUCAAGGCCAACCGGUCGCCAAGUGAGCUGGACGCCCUGGGUGCCCAGCUGACGGAUGACAUCAUCGCCGACUGCAGCCUGACCCUGCCCGAUGUCCUGGGGAAGCCGGCCAGCACCCACUUGGACCAGAACAUGUACCGGUUUCGCAGCACCAACCUGGAGCAGAUAGUGAAGGCAGCCCUGAAGCUCAAGCAUGAGGAUUCGAGCCUGUCGGCGGCCCUGGAGCAGGCAGAGGACUGGCUCUCCAGGCUGAAGGCCAUGGCAGAGGAGCCCCAAAACAGCCUGCCCGAUAUAGUGAUCUGGAUGCUGCAGGGAGACAAGCGCGUCGCGUACGCCCGCGUGCCAGCCCACGAGGUCCUCUUCUCCAGGAGCAUCUCCAGCUGCUGCGGCAAGAACUGCGGGAAGCUGCAGACCGUCUUCCUGAAGUACCCCCAGGAGGAGGCGAUGGGUCCCAGGAUCCCAGCCCAGAUCCGGGUCCAGCUCUGGUUCGGGCUGUCGGUCAAUGAGAAGGAGUUCAACCAGUACGCCGAGGGGAAGCUCUCCGUCUUUGCCGAAACCUAUGAGAACCAGACCAAACUGGCGCUGGUGGGGAACUGGGGCACAACUGGUCUGACCUACCCCAAAUACUCAGAUGUCACUGGCAAGAUCAAGCUGCCCAAGGACAGCUUCCGCCCCUCCACGGGCUGGACCUGGGCUGGGGACUGGUUCAUCUGCCCGGAGAAGACGUUGCUGCACGAUGUGGACGCCGGGCAUUUGAGCUUCGUGGAAGAGGUGUUCGAGAACCAGGUCCGGCUGCCUGGAGGCCAGUGGAUCCACAUGACCGAUUCCUACACUGACGUGAACGGGGAGAAGGUCCUGCAUAAGGAUGAGAUUGAGUGUCCUCCGGGCUGGAAAUGGGAAGACGUGGAGUGGGACACGGACCUCAACAGAGCUGUGGAUGAGAAAGGCUGGGAGUAUGGCAUCACCAUCCCGCCGGACCGCAAGCCCAAGGCCUGGGUGCCGGCCGAGAAGAUGUAUCACACCAACCGGCGACGGCGCUGGGUACGGCUUCGCCGGAGGGACCUCGCGCAGAUGGAAGCCAUGAGGAAGCACAAGCAGGAGGAGCUGGACGGGGAGGGUUGGGAGUACGCCUCGCUUUUCGGCUGGCGUUUCCACCUGAAGCAUCGCCGGACCGACACCUUCCGCCGCCGCCGCUGGAGGCGCAGGAUGGAGCCCCUGGAGCGCACCGGGGCCGCCGCCGUCUUCGCCUUGGAGGGGGCCCUGGGGGGAGUGACAGAAGACAAGAGCGAUGAUGGCAAAUCCAUCUCCACGCUCAGUUUUGGCGUCAACAGACCCACCAUUUCGUGCAUAUUUGACUAUGGGAACAGAUACCACCUCCGCUGCUACAUGUACCAAGCACGGGAUCUGAUUGCAAUGGACAAGGACAGCUUUUCAGAUCCUUAUGCCAUUGUCUCCUUCCUCCAUCAAAGUCAGAAGACGGUGGUGAUCAAGAACACCUUGAACCCCACCUGGGACCAGACACUCAUCUUCUACGAGAUAGAGAUCUUUGGGGAUCCCCAGAACGUAUCUGACUCCCCUCCCAACAUCGUGGUGGAAAUAUAUGACCACGACACCUACGGUGCAGAUGAGUUCAUGGGGCGCUGCAUUUGCAAGCCCAGCCUGGCGUGCUCGCCGCGGCUCUCCUGGCACCCGGUCAUCAAGGCAAACAGAAAUGUCGGGGAGCUGCUGGCUGCCUUCGAGCUGAUUCAGAGGGAGAAGCCGGCUGUCCAUCACAUCCCUGGCUUCGAGAGUGAGCUGUCCUCCAGCCUGGAUGAGCUCUGCACCCCUGCCUUGUUCUACGAGGGGCUCCUCCAAUGGUCCGCGGACUCUGACCUGCCGUACCCCCCGCCCCAGCGGGAGCCCAACAUUUACAUGGUCCCCCAAGGAAUCAAACCGGUCCUGCAGCGCACAGCCAUCGAGAUCCUGGCCUGGGGGCUGAGGAACCUCAAGAGCUACCAACUGGCCAGCGUCACCUCGCCCAGCCUGCUGGUGGAGUGCGGAGGCCAGCUCGUGCAGUCCUGUGUCAUCAAGAACGUCAAGAAGAACCCCAACUUUGACGUCUGUGUGCUCUUCAUGGAAGUGCGUUUACCCAAGGAGAGCCUGUACAGCCCCCCCAUCAUCGUCAAAAUCAUUGACAACAGGCCAUUCGGCCGAAGGCCUGUGGUGGGCCAGUGCACCAUCCGCUCGCUGGAGGACUUCUACUGUGACCCCUACCGAGAGGAGAUGGAUGGUCCCCAGGAGCACUCAGAUGAUGUGAGCCUCACGCCCAGGGAUGACGUCCUAAUUGACAUCGAUGACAAAGAGCCUCUUAUUCCUGUCCAGCUUGCGGAGGGUCUGACCAGCUCAGCAUUAAUUAACAUACCAGCUUCUCGGGUCCAGCCUCAUGAGGAAGAAUUCAUUGACUGGUGGAGCAAAUUCUACGCUUCCACAGGAGAGAGGGAAAAAUGUGGCUGCUAUUUAGAGAAGGGCUUUGACACCCUGAAGGUCUACGAGACGGAGCUGGAGAACGUGGAGGACUUUGAGCAUCUCUCUGACUUCUGCCACACCUUCAAGCUGUAUCGUGGCCGGUCACAGGACUCGAAUGAUGACCCCUCGGUCGUGGGGGAGUUCAAGGGUUCGUUCAAAAUUUACCCUCUCCCAGAUGACCCACGAGUCCCAGUGCCACCUUGGCAGUUCCACCAGCUGCCGGCCAGAGGACCCCAGGAGUGUCUUGUCAGGGUCUACAUCAUCCGGGCCUUCGACCUCCAGCCCAAGGACACCAAUGGAAAGUGUGAUCCCUAUGUGAAGAUUUCAGUGGGAAAGAAAUCCAUUAAUGACCAAGAAAAUUACCUUCCCUGUACUCUGGAGCCUGUCUUUGGAAAGAUGUUCGAGCUGAGCUGCACGCUGCCCCUGGAGAAGGACUUGAAGAUCACACUCUACGACUACGACCUCCUGUCGAAGGAUGAGAAGAUUGGGGAGACCGUCAUAGACCUGGAGAACCGGUUCCUGUCAAAAUACGGGGCGCGCUGUGGCCUCCCCCAAACCUACUGCAUCUCUGGACCCAACCAGUGGCGAGACCAACUCCGUCCAUCCCAGCUGCUUCACCUCUUCUCCCUGCAGCACAACUACAAGGCUCCCACCUACAAGUCCGACCGGAUCAUCUUCAGGGAGCAAGAGUACAUCCUCUCUGAACUGGAGGACGGCAAACCUCUCAACCCCCACCUGGGUCCAGCGGAGGAGCGUCUCGCCCUGUACGCCCUGCGGAAGCAAGGGCUGGUGCCGGAGCACGUGGAGACCAGACCUCUUUACAGCCCUCUCCAGCCAGAAAUCGAGCAGGGAAAGCUGCAGAUGUGGGUGGACCUGUUUCCAAAAUCUCUGGGUCAGCCUGGGCCCCCUUUCAACAUCACGCCACGCAAAGCCAAGAGGUUCUUCUUGCGCUGCAUCAUCUGGAACACCAAGGACGUCAUCCUCGAUGACCUCAGCAUCACAGGGGAGAAGAUGAGUGACAUCUACGUCAAAGGCUGGCUCGUUGGCCAUGAGGAGAACAAGCAGAAGACAGAUGUGCACUACAGGUCUAUGGGAGGAGAGGGCAACUUCAACUGGAGAUUCAUCUUCCCCUUUGACUAUCUCCCUGCUGAGCAAAUGUGUUACAUCGCAAAAAAGGAGCACUUCUGGAGCUUGGACAAGACAGAAAACAAGAUUCCACCACAGCUUAUCUUCCAGAUCUGGGACAAUGACAAGUUCUCUUUUGAUGACUACCUGGGCUCCAUUCAGAUGGAUCUCAACAGGAUGCCCAAACCUGCCAAGACCGCUGAGAAGUGCUCCUUAGAGCUAGUAGAUGAGACCUUGUCUUCAGGUCGCUUUGUGUCGCUCUUUGAGCAGAAAACUGUCAAGGGAUGGUGGCCCUGUGUUGCUGAGCAGGAUCAAAAGAAGAUCUUGGCGGGCAAAUUGGAAAUGACUUUGGAAAUUGUGGCAGAACAAGAGCAUGAAGAGCGGCCAGCUGGCGUGGGUCGGGAUGAGCCAAAUAUGAACCCCAAGCUGGAGGACCCCAAGCGCCCGGAGACCUCCUUCCUAUGGUUCACCUCCCCGUACAAGACCCUGAAGUACAUCCUGUGGCGGCGGUACAAGUGGGUGGUUAUCCUGGCCAUCGUGCUCUUCGUUUUGCUGCUCUUCCUGGGAAUCUUCAUCUACGCCUUCCCGAACUAUGCUGCUAUGAAACUGGUGAAACCUUUCAACUGAAGCUGUGCUGGAAAACGCCUGAAAGGUCCGGUGCCUGCCUGGGGAUUUUGGAAGAAAGUUGUGGCUCUGCACUGGAUCACAUCUGCAGAUGGAGAUGGAGAAUGAACAGCCUUGCUCAGGCCCUAGGCUGCUGCUAAAAUGAAGAUACAACUUACCCUGAUGCAGUAUGCAGAAUCCCACCUACAGCACUCACCUCGGAAGCAGCAUGUAAACAAUACCUACUCCGAAAUAUUCCUUAUUUUACUUCUUUGUCUGUCUUUUUUUUUUCCUUUUGUUAAGCUGCUCUGAUUUGUAAAGCUUGAAUACCAGUGCAAAACUGAAAAGGGUGGGGGAGAAAAGGACCUUUUCAUAUAUAGUCUGUGAGUGUACAAAGAUGCUGCAGACAUUAGCAGAGGAGUUGCAGGCUGCUGGCAUAGGCAGCACGUGCAAGCCAAAAUCUCUCAGGUUCUGAGCACACUUUUCUUUGCACUCUGAACAAGCCUCCGUUUUCCUUUGCCGUGCAAUGUGUAUUACCUGGUUUCUUAUGUAUAAAGUCUACUGAGGACGAAACGUGCUGCACAGCCUGAUACCCUGGGCUGAUACAUUGCCUUUCCAAAGAGAGCAAAACCCACAAGAUACAGGACCCAGGGAAAAGGCCGAGAUGCAAAAACUGGGCAGGAGUUGGUGGUAAUUUCUAACUCAAAACUCCUAUUGAAUUUUGCACUCAUGAAGGACUGUGCAGUCUGGCUCAUGUUUUUUGGAGCUCGGUUUCCCCUCUGAGCUGCACUUUCACCUCUACAGUCCCACAUGCCUCCCUUCAAAACCAA